ACGAGCGUGAAGCGACAUUUCUCAUUAUUUUGUAUGGCGCUCCCGUUCCUUGAACGUAGUGCUUAAAUUCUCUUUGAUUAAAGCGGACAACGGAAUAUUGAUUCAAGUAAUUGAAUAUUGAAAAUAAUUGUAUUUUUGGCGACUGCUGUAAAAAAGUUAUGGAUACCACCAGAACUACACCUGAAGCCUUACAAAGAAAAUUGUAUUUUUUAUUAGAACAACUACAAGAAAUGGCUAGAGAGCUGCCACCCAAAUAUCAGAUGAGAGUUCCUAUAGAACUAUUAUCAGGACUUGCUAACUGUCUUCUCAAUGAAACAGUUUUUGAAAUAGUUAAAGGGCUUAUGGAAAUUCAGCAUGUUACAGAAAAACAUUUGUUUCAACAAAGACUUCAAAUUAUCAAUAAGCAUGCAUUGGAAAUUCAAGCUAUGUUAAGAACAGUUCAAAGCCCAGAGGAACAAGAAAAACAGAAGCAUAUUUUGCAUAAAAAACAUAGAGAAGAAUUAAUUCAUACUGACAUGAAAUUAGUUAUUCAAUUAGAUCAAAAAGUGAAUGACCAGCAGGACACAUUGGCGCAAGCGGGUGUACCAGGAUUCUUCGUUACAAAUAAACCAAUCGAAAUUAAGGUUCAAAUGUAUCUCUUAGAUUUUAUACUACGAUUAAGUAAGAUGGAUAUUCCAUAACUAGAAUAAGAUGAUUAUAAAACAUAAUAUUGUGGUAUUGAAUUGAAUGUAAAGGACUGUAAAUUGAAUAUAUUUUUAAAAUAA